UAAUUUUCUACGAAAUUAAUUUGUUCCAUGAAGGUAGCUCUGAAGUAUCCACAUUCUAUAAAUAUGAUACUUUUCUACUGAGGAAUGACUCGGUUUUUAUUAUUGAUACAGCCGGAUGUAAAAUUCCAAAUUAUCAGGCAUUUGAUUUUUCGAUCAGGGAAAAAAUUCGGCCUGGCAAAUUUACGAAUUGUAACAAGAGUCCUUCUUUCCUUAAAAUACGAUCAAACUGCCUUGAAAUAGAUCGCGCAGUCUUGCAGAAAUCUCCGUUCAAAAACUCGUUUUCCUUCUGUCAAGUUCAUAGUAUAUAUCGGCCCAGACGAGGACAGCACCAUAAUUACUUCAGAUACAUACCAGAAAACGGAAGUCUGAUGAUCGGUGACCAAUUCUGUCUCGAUAGUGACAUGGCAAGAGUUCGAUGUUUUGACAGAAAAAACCGGACCAUUUUCACGGAACUUUUCUGGAUAUACCAAAGGAAUGAUUCGUAUGAAGAGCUCUGUGAUAAACGUACGAGAAAAAGGGUAAAUGAUUCAAAUAGUACCGAAAACCUUAGUGUUCUGUUGCUUGGUGUGGACUCAACCUCGAGACUAAACUCACAAAGAUAUUUUUUAAAAACGAGACAAAUAUUGGAAAAGAAAUGAAAUUCCUUUGAAUUCAAAGGUCAUAACAUUGUAGGAAUGACUACAUUUCAAAAUGUGGUCCCUUUGUUGACUGGAAAGAGUAUAUACGAUCUGAAAGAAGAUGGUAAAUUUGGAAACACCACAAUGGAUGAUUUUCAGUUUAUUUGGAAAGAUUACGAAGAGAAGGGAUACAGGACGUUGUUUGCUGAAGAUGCAGCACAUAUGUCUACAUUUGACUAUUUUAAACCUGGCUUUGUUAACUACCCAACUCAUUAUUAUAACCGCCCUUGGUCCGUUGCCUGGUGGUAUGCUGGCUCACCUCGCUGUAUGGGUGGCCGUUCGGAACCAGAAGCAGUAAUGGAUUAUUUAACAACAUUUGUAGAUGUGUAUAAAUCUAAGCCCUACUUCACUUUUGUGUUUCUUUCCUCGCUGACACAUGAACGUCAGGAAUUAUCAGCGGAAAUGGAUGAAGUCUUGUCAAAGUUCUUCACCAAGGCUCUUGAAUCAAAUGCUUUUAACAACACCAUUGUGUUUUUCUUUAGCGAUCAUGGAUUUAGAAUUAGUAGAACACGUUGGACGGAUAUUGGCAUGUAUGAAGUAUUGUCGCCUAUGUUAUUCAUCUCUAUUCCUAAAUGGUUUUCAGAUAAGUACAAAAAGAUAGCCAACAAUCUACGAAAUAAUGCAUAUAAGCUUACAACAGUUUACGAUAUCUAUGAAACUCUUCGAGAUAUUUUAAAUUUCAAUGUACAAGAACAUAGUUCUGUUCUCAGAGGAGAAAGUUUAUUUUCAAACGUCUCGAAAACUAGAAACUGCACUGAUGUUGGUGUCCCUGAAUCCCUAUGCUCAUGCGGCCAUUACAUAAAAAUCGAGGAUUUUUCAACAAUUUAUGCAGCUCGCAACUUAUCUACAGAAAUUGUUUCUAAAUUAAAUGAUUUGUUAAAAACCCAAUCAAAAUGUGAACGCAUCAGUUUGGAUAAAACAAUAUCAGUUUAUCAAAGAGUUUUGGGAAGCAAAUCUUCAUACCGAAUAACUAUACGAACACUACCUGGAAAAGCGUUGUUCGAAGCGUCAGUUUCCUUAAUAAAUGACACUUACCACGUGGGACAAAUAUUACGCAUUAACAAAUAUGGCGAUCAAUCAAUAUGUUUGAACGACUAUUUCUUACGCAAUUAUUGUUACUGUAAGAAUACUUGAAA